AUCGGGAGCGAGCACAGGUGCGACGAGGUGAGAGUUUCGGAGACGUAAACCUGCUGGUUCAGUCGGUGGAAAGCGACACCGCUUAUGACAUUUCAUGUCAACGUUUUGGAGCAAUUCACAAGGAAGGGUUGACACAUUUAACCGGAUUUACUGAGCGGGGGGGACAAAAAUUUGUGCAAAUCUUGUUAUAAUUUACAAGUUGCUGUCAUUGUUGUUUUAAAGUAGUUUGUCAUUUUUCAUCGUGGUUUUGGUCAUCACAAGACUAGUCAUAUCCUGCUUCUCCUCAAGUUCUUCCAAGAUUAAAAAUGACAGAGAAGGCCAAAUGGUGGAAGGCCUUCCUGCCAAAGAAGAAGGCGGGCAGUUCCAAAGACUCCAAUUCCCCUCACACAUACGGAGCAGACUUUGACCCUUUUGCACAAGACAAGUCCAAAGAGUCCAAAAGCACCAGCGAUCAGUCUGUCCCCCAACAAGAGACCAACAAUAGCCUCUUCAGCGACGAAACCUACGACGACUCCCACAUGGAUUCGCUUUUCAACGAGCAGACUUGCCGCAGAAAUAUGAAAGUGUCCCGUUCGGGCAGGUUUAAGCAGAAGAUGAGGGGCCGGAUUGCUAUUCCCUUUGAGGAGAAAGGCACAGAGAAUGUGGCGCCGGCUAAAGAUGACAUUCGGUGAUGGUAGGCCAACAAAUGACUUUAUGAAAGCAAGGAAAAGGUUUCCUUCACUUGAGGUUCUGAUGGUGAGAAGGAAGAUGACAAGGAGCGGGGAAGACCAGAGCGUCAGGAGAAAGAAGAAACCGAGCCCAUUGAGUGAGAAGAUUGUCUUCUUUAUGUAAAAUAUGUGAUAAUAACGUGGAUAUGUUUAAAAUGAAGGACGUGCCUUCCGGAAAAAUGCUUUCAUUUAAUAGAAAGCCUUGAGGGAUGUUUAAGUUUGAUUUUAUGAGAAAACAAAUGCCUUUCGUUUGUUUUUAUUGAAGGAUGAGAAUGCAGAAAAAUGUCAACAUUGGUUUUUGAACAAAAGUGUGGACAAAUGAUUUUUUAAAAAAUGUUUAUGCUGUGUUUAGAUCACAUGUGAAUAUUGAAAUGAAGUUACUAUAUGAGCAAUAAAUCGAAUUGUUGCUAUCACUUAGUUUUUGAGGUUUUUUUUUUUUUUCCAUCCUUAAACGGACAGACAAUUGACUAUAUUUGAACAUAGUUGCUUGAAUUUAAGUAUGCAAAUGGGUAAUUUAUUAGACAUG